AGUUGAGUGAAGAAGAAGAAGAAUGGCGAAGAUGAAAAGGCAAAGCGAGAAGAUGUCUCUGGAAGACUACCUCCUCCUCCUCCAGUCUCGCUCCCACCUCCACCUCACCGUCGCUCACCUCAACCAGCUCAUCAGCAUGCACGGUUACAAAAAGCUUCACAGAGUUCACAAGAAAGUUAUGAGCGACGCCGUGAGCACGAUGGACCUGGUGGAGCCCACCCGCUCCACGCUCGGCGACUACAUCUCGCCGGCGGCCAACGCUUCACUCGACGACGUCGUCGCGGACCUCAACGUUCUGAGCUGGAAGGAGUGCGCCGUCACCGCCAUCGAAACAGUGUGCUCGUCUCAACGAAACGACGCCGUCGCUGUGGCAGUGGACUGCUGCGGCGCUUCCGGUGCUAAAUUUCAGGGAAAGGCUGAGGCGCCGGUGAAGAAAGCGUUGCAGAGGAGGAAGAAACGGACUCGUCAGGAGAGCGGUGAUGCGGCGGGUAAGAGGCAGAGGAAGAGUUCGCAAUGCGACGGUGAUGGAGGCGGCGGCGACGCUCUAGCUUUGGUCUGUGUUUCGUCGGACUCUAAUCGUUAAUUUCCUGCAACACCGGAAAGCGUUUUGGAUGGGAGUUUUGGCGUUUGGCAACGCGGCCUCUCUGAGUUGUUGGCUAGUGGUUGAUCUGUGAUAUUCGUAACGAACAGAGGGUUGUUAGGUAAUUUAGGUCAGGCAGUAGCAGGUUUGAACCAUCAAUUAGGAGACAGCUUUCGGUAGACCUUUUCGGUACCUGAUGAGACAAUGUGGAGCUCAACAGAAUUUUUCAGGAUUGCAAUUCGAAUUUUAUCACUCAUUGCAGUUAGUGAUAGAAUUGUUAAGAGUUGUUAAUCAAUGACUGCUAGACUAUUUAGUAUCUUAGUUUCCGCUUAUAUUGUUCAUAAUGUUUGUGGUCAUUUGAAGUGUUCCUUUUAUGAGUUUGGUUUG